AUGGCUGAUCUGAACAACCAACAACAUCUAACUGUUGCCGGCGGUACGGAGGUAGCCAACCUCAAUGAUGAUCCCGGUUCACCAUUAAAUGUUGUCCCACAUAAUCUUUCACUUCAUUUUGCAUUUAAUGAAGAUGAAGAUGCUUUGGUUGAGGGAAGAGUUUCUCCAGAUCCUGAACCUAUUUCUUCAGAGAUUACACCCUCAAUUCUGAAUCAAAAUGGACUAGAUGAUGAUGAAGAUGGUGUUCAAGAUUGUACUUUUACUCAGUUGUUAUCAACAGGUGUUCAUGCGGACGAGGAAUUUUAUGUUCACCACACACCCAAUGGGACUAGAAUGUGGUGUCAUAAUGUUCCUAUUGUUUUAAAGCCUGUUGUUGGUUCUGUUUAUGAAACGUGGAAGGAUGUGUUCAGUAUGUACAAGGAUUAUGCUGUGUAUUCUGGGUUUUCUAUUCGUAAGGGGCAAACCAAGAGAUGGAAGGGGGUUGUCACUCACCAGUACAUAAGGUGUACUAAAUAUUCAAAACCACAGAUUAAGCGUAAAACUGAUACUUUGGAGCAUUCAAGCUUGACUAUUAGGCAAAGUAAUUUCACAGUGACAGAUUGCAAGGCUAGUAUACUGGUUAAGUUUUGUGAGGGCAGCUCUACGUGCACAGUGGUAGGGUUCAAUGAGCACCAUAAUCAUCCGUUUGUUGAGCGUUUCAAUCGUGACCUAAGUAGGACUUCAAGGAAACUACCAUUUGCAUCCAAACAGUUUAUCCAUAACAUGAGUUUGAACAGAAUUGGUCCGAUUGUUUCUCACAGAGUUUUAGUGUCCCUGAUGGGUGGACAUCACAAUGUACGUGGCACGCCAACUGAUUUUAAGAACUGGAGCCAGUCGGUUAGGCUUUAUAUUGGCGAUCGUGAUGCGCAACUUGUUAUAGAUCGUCUCAAAGAAAGAUCCGAGAGCUUACCAGACUUUUACUAUGAGUUUGUUGUUGAGAAAGGGCAAUUGAGAUCGAUUUUUUGGGCAGACGAAAUAUCCAAGAUAAACUACGAGGUGUUUGGGGAUGUGUUAGCUUUUGAUGCGACUUAUCACACUAACAAGUACAACAUGAUUUUUGUUCCUUUCACAGGCGUUGAUAAUCAUAAACAAUGUGUGACAUUCGGUGCUGGCUUGUUAUUCAACGAAACCACUGAGUCUUACAAGUGGUUACUUGAAUCAUUUCUGAAGGCACACAAGAAGCAACCAAAGCUAGUUCUGACGGACCAGGAUCCUUCAAUGAAAGCUGCCAUUUCAGAGGUUUUCACAGACUCUCGGCACCGCCUUUGCAUGUGGCAUAUUAUGAAGAAACUUCCCACCAAGAUUGCUGGAGACUUGUUACAAAACUCUGAGCUAAGAGCAUUGAUGCAUCGUUUGGUGUGGAGUAUUCACAUGAAGCCAUCUACAUUUGAGACGCGGUGGCAACUUUUGAUGGAGGAAUAUGGGUUACAAGAUCACGACUGGUUGAAGGACAUGUACUCAAUUAGGGACCAAUGGGUACCUGCCUACUUCCGUGACAUCCCAAUGUGUUGUUUGAUGAAGACUACAUCAAGAUGUGAAAGCUCUAACUCAAGCUUCAAGGUCAACUCUUCUAGCGCUAACACACUAGUUCAGUUCAUGCUAUGUUACGAGACUAGGAUAGACAAUCAGCGUUACAGGCAACGCGUUGCAGAGUUUAAAACUUCAUCUAGUGUAUUCAUGGACAGUACUGACCUAGCUAUUGAGAAGCAUGCUUUUGAGUUGUAUACACAUGCAAUUUCUACGGAAGUAAGAAAAGAGAUAUACAAGGGGAAGCUGUUUUGUUACAUUGUUAUACUUGAGUUGAGUAACCAGUCGGUAUCCUGUUCAUGCAACAACUUCAUCCGUAUUGGAUAUUUGUGUAGGCACAUUUUUUGUGUUUACCGGGUAAACAAUAUUGAAAGAAUCCCGGCCCAGUAUGUUGUUAAGCGUUGGUCUAGGGACGUGCUUCCUAAAAGUUUAUUUUCUAUUGAGAGUCGAUAUGGCGUUGACACUCGUCCACAAGCUGCUGCGAGAAGUCAGAUCCUUGAGAUCGUAACUGAAUGUGUGGACGCAUUAAGAAGCGAUGUUGGAGGACUUUCCUCUUUCGCUGAGCAGAUAAAGGAACUGAAAUGCAAGUUACUAAAUGGAGGACCAGUUGAUGACGAAGCCAACAAUGAUAACUAUGCUGCUGUUGAAGAAUUGCUUGGUGUUUCUUUAGAUGGGUACGUAACUCUCGACAACCCAGACGGGAUCAGGAACAAAGGACGCGGCAAACGCCGGCGAUUGUCUAGAGCACCUCAGGAUGGAACGAGCAACUCUGCUGUCAAACCUCCCAAAACACCCAGGCUUUGCCGAACCUGUAUGAAGUACGUGACUGGGCAUGAUUCAAGAAAUUGCAAGAAAAAGAAGAACAAGAAUAAGAAUAAAUCGGGUAACGAGGACGAGGACGAAGACUCAAGCUCUGCGAGCCAGGAGUCCACUUGA